CCAGUAGAUUGCUGUUGUCGAAUAGAACAGAUUGUAACAACCAUUGAGCUCUAACAGCUAUCAGCUCCGCCGGCCUACAGAAACCAGACAUGCGCCCAGAUUCAAGCUCACCAUCAAUCUAUUCAGUCUCUGAUUCGGACUCCAGCGACUAUGCCCCCAGCGUCUCAGAAACCAAACGGUCGUCCAUCAAACGAAAACGUGCUGCACCAGCUUCCACAAAAAGCAGAACCAAAACAACUAUUGUAAAGCAGGCACGCGGAAAGGGCAAAGCAGUAGAUAAUAUAGAGGAUAUAGAAAACCUUGGUGCCACAGUCUCUCGGAGACAUGGGAUGGAUUACCAUUCCGUUGAUAAGAUCGUAGACGAGAAGGAGAGCUUAUUGGAAUGGUUUGAAUGCGUGAGGGAGAAAAGAGGUAUGCCUUGGCGUAAGAAAUACGACCCAUCUUUAAGCUUUGAAGAAAAAGGGCAGAGGGCAUACGAGAUAUGGGUCAGCGAAGUAAUGCUUCAGCAGACACAGGUCACAACUGUUAUCGCUUAUUGGCAAAGGUGGAUGGAACGAUGGCCUACAAUCAGCGACUUGGCAAAGGCUGAUGUGGAGGAAGUCAAUGCUGCGUGGCGUGGAUUGGGAUACUACCGUAGAGCAAGAUCGCUGCUGGCAGGAGCGAAAACGGUCAUGGGAAAUUCGAAAUACAAUGGGCGGCUUCCGGAUGAUCCUGCUGUCCUGGAAAAGGAGAUCGACGGAGUAGGACGGUAUACCGCCGGGGCCAUUUGUUCGAUGGCUUAUGGCGUGAGGACCCCUAUCGUCGAUGGCAACAUCCACCGUCUUCUCACCCGUCUUCUUGCGGUGCAUGCUCCACAAACCGGCCCUGCUACAAUCAAAUUCCUUUGGAGGGUGGCCGACGAGCUGAUAAAGCAUCUACCUUCUGGAGAUAAACACAACAAUGUAGUGGGUGACUGGAAUCAAGCUCUGAUGGAACUGGGUAGUCAAGUGUGUAAGCCCGCAAAUCCCGAGUGCGGUGUCUGCCCUCUGAAGAAAGCUUGCAAAGGUUAUGCAGAGCUUUCCAACUCUCCAUCACAACCGUCUACGACUAAGUCUGACUGCAAGCUGUGCGCCCCAAUACCCUGUGAUAUCGAGACAGACAGAAUUCCGACCGUAAUGGUGUUCCCUAUGAAGAAAGAGAAGAAGGCCUCGAGAGUAGAGGAAGAAACUGUAUGUAUCGUCCAGUGGAGAGGUGAUGGAGAUCAGAGGAGAUGGUUGUUUACGAAGCGCCCCGAGAAAGGCUUACUCGCCGGUCUCUUUGAGCCUCCCACCACGCCUGUCUCAGCAGGACUAUCCUCCUCUGAAAGGCUCGGUGCAUCCUUAGAAGCACUGUCAGAUUAUAUCGAGAUCACGGAAGGGGAAGCGGAAGGCUUGCAGAAGUCCAGCAGGGACGUAGGCAAUAUACCACAUAUCUUUUCUCAUAUCAACAUGACCUAUCACAUUCAUCUUCUCACACUCACAUCGCCUGGCAACGAACCUCCGUCUGUCAAACCCAAGGCGCCUCGACCGGCAGUAUGGCUCAAUGAAGAAGAAGUUGAAAAGGCGAAUGUUGGGACAGGUGUGAAGAAGGUAUGGGCAGAGAUCUACGGAUCUUGGGGUAGUUUUGAGGAGUCAGAGGCGGGAGCGAUAUUGGCGAAGAAGCAGAAGAGAACGAACAAUAAGUUGACGAAACCUAAGCCUGUCGUGGCAAACAGGAACGAGAAAAUUGUCAAGAAAGUGAUGAUGCCGCCUAUGCCGACGACGAGGAAGAACGUUGUUGAUGCUGUUGAGUGAUGGCACUUGUACCUUGCUUGCUCUUUACAUGUAUUAUAUUAUCUUACGUCCAUA